CUGGCCAAGGGGUGGAGCGUGCAGCGGCCGGUAGCUGCCUAGACAUCGAGGACUCGGCUUCUUGCUGGACUUCUGUGGUGGAUGCGCUCGCUGACUGCCCAGGCCGACUGAAGCUGCAGCCAUGGCUUCCGAGGGGAAAGAGAGCAAGCCGGAUUCUCAGCCGGCAGCGACUCAGUUUACUUGCAAGGACUUGGCUGCCUCUGCGACUCAUCAGCCGACAGACAAGAAAUUGUUCGAGAAUCUCUCCGGUGCUGGCAAAGUCAUCGGGGUCCUUACUAGCGGCGGCGAUGCUCAAGGAAUGAAUGCAGCUGUUCGAGCUGUAGUGCGGAUGGGAAUCUAUGUGGGAGCCAAAAUGUAUUUUGUGUAUGAGGGUUAUCAAGGCAUGGUAGAUGGAGGCAAUAAUAUUGUUGAAGUUACCUGGGAAUGUGUUUCCAGUAUUCUCCAAGUGGGAGGAACAGUCAUUGGCAGUGCACGUUGCCAAGCAUUCCGUACUCGGGAAGGUCGCUUACAAGCAGCUUAUAACUUGAUUCAAAAGGGAAUUACUAACUUGUGUGUGAUUGGUGGAGAUGGAAGCUUAACGGGAGCCAACCUUUUCCGUGAGGAAUGGAGUGGACUGUUGGAAGAAUUGGCUAAAGCUGGUAAAAUUGAAAAAGAAGCUGUGAAGAAAUAUGCUUACCUCAACAUUGUGGGGAUGGUGGGCUCCAUAGAUAAUGACUUCUGUGGGACGGAUAUGACAAUUGGCACUGACUCUGCUUUGCACAGAAUCAUUGAAGUUGUGGAUGCCAUUAUGACCACUGCCCAGAGUCACCAGAGGACCUUUGUUCUGGAGGUUAUGGGAAGACACUGUGGGUAUCUAGCUCUUGUGAGUGCCCUAGCUUGUGGUGCAGAUUGGGUAUUUAUUCCUGAAUACCCACCAGAAGAAGGCUGGGAGAAGCUUCUCUGUACUAAACUAUUAGAGAACCGUGCCAACAAGAAGAGGCUGAACAUCAUAAUUGUUGCAGAAGGGGCGAUUGAUAUCCAUAAUAAACCUAUUACUUCAGAGAAGGUUAAGGAUCUUGUAGUUAAACAACUGGGAUAUGAUACUCGUGUGACAAUUCUUGGACAUGUCCAAAGAGGAGGAACUCCUUCUGCUUUUGACAGGAUUCUGGCAAGUCGCAUGGGUGUUGAUGCUGUACUGGCCCUUCUUGAGGCUACAGCAGAUACCCCUGCGUGUGUUGUUUCUCUGUCUGGAAACCAGUCUGUGCGUCUGCCCCUGAUGGAGUGUGUGCAUAUGACUCAAGAAGUUCAGAAGGCAAUGGAUAAUUGCCAGUUUGCUGAGGCUGUGAAACUUCGAGGAAGGAGCUUUGAGAACAACCUGAACACCUAUAAACUGCUGUCUCAAAAAAAACCAGAUUCAGAGCUUCCAAAGAGCAAUUUUAAUGUGGCUAUUAUGAAUGUGGGUGCUCCUGCUGCAGGGAUGAAUGCUGCUGUCCGUUCAGCAGUGAGAAUGGGAAUCAGUGAGGGUCACAAGAUGUUUGCUGUCAAUAAUGGCUUUGAAGGAUUUUCUAAAGGUCAGAUAAAAGAAAUCACCUGGGGAGGUGUUGGAGGUUGGACUGGCCAAGGAGGAUCCAUUCUUGGCACAAAACGUACUCUCCCUGCAAAGUAUUUGGAAACGAUUGCUGAACAGAUGCGUAUUCAUAAUAUCAAUGCUCUUUUGGUUAUUGGUGGAUUUGAGGGUUAUCAAGGUUGUAUACAGCUAGCUGAGGCACGGCCCCAACAUCAGGAGUUUUGCAUUCCUAUAUGCAUUGUGCCUACUACUAUUAGCAACAAUAUACCAGGCACAGACAUUACUCUUGGUAGUGACACUGGCCUGAAUGCUAUUAUGGAGACCUGUGAUCGAAUCAAGCAAUCAGCUAGUGGGACUAAGAGGCGGGUCUUUAUCAUCGAGACAAUGGGUGGCUACUGUGGAUACCUGGCCAGCAUGGGAGGCCUUGCUGCCGGAGCUGAUGUAGCGUAUAUUUUUGAAGAAGAAUUUGACAUCCGAGAACUACAGGCUAAUGUGGAACAUUUGACAGAAAAAAUGAAGACUUCCAUACAAAGAGGCCUGGUGCUCAGAAAUGAGAACUGUAAUGAAAAUUAUACCACUGAUUUCAUUUAUCAACUCUAUUCUGAGGAAGGAAAAGGAAUAUUCGAUUGCAGAAAGAAUGUCUUGGGUCACAUGCAACAGGGUGGAGCACCUUCUCCUUUUGACAGAAAUUUUGGGACAAAAAUUUCUGCCAAAGCCGUACUGUGGCUCUCAGAGAAACUUAAGGAAAGCUAUAGAAAAGAAGAAGGAAAAGUGUUUGCCAACACUGAUGAUUCAGUCUGUCUGCUAGGGAUGCGUACACGAAAACUUAUUUUCCAACCUGUGACUGAAUUGAAGAGUGAAACAGAUUUUGAGCACAGAAUUCCCAAAGAACAAUGGUGGUUGAAACUACGACCUUUGAUGAAAAUUUUGGCCAAGUACAAAAUCAGCUAUGAUGUUUCUGAUUCAGGUCAGCUAGAACAUGUACCCGGCUGUGAGAUUGGACAAAUAGAAACUCAAACUGCAUAAAGAUAAUGUUAAGAUUAGAUAAUAAUGUUGUAAGUCAUGACAGUAGAUCAUAUUGAAUGUCUGUAAUGAUGCUUUAGAAAUUUUUGGUCACUGCUGUUUUUUGUAACACUUAAGUUAUUGUGUCAGCACUUUAUGCACAAAAAGGAUUAUGUUGCGAUUUUUUUUCCAGUAUUGUGUUAGCUGUUAAAUAUUCAAUCACUAACUACAAAAUACCAAUUAUCAAUAUCACCCUUAUUUCCUAAUUACCUAGUGAUCACUAUAAAUAAAUAACUCAAAUGCAAAAUAAUGAACAUAUUAUGAAGUAAAUCUCUUAUGUACUUUGUAUCAAAACUUAUUUCUACAAAGAACAUAUGUAGAUUGUUUUGUGUCCAGCUAAAGAUGUGUAUAUAUCUAAAGUGGAAUUAAAGUGAAUAUUGCAACCAUAA